CGUCAACGUUCAGUCAGUACACAUCGGCCAUCUUUUUCCUCGACAUUAAAGAGUUGCAGUGAAUAAUUUCCGGAUCAACAUCAUGAUGAGAUCUACGACUUUAUUCUUUGCGAUUGCGAUCAGUGUGUUUGCUGGGUCCAGUUCGCUUAUAAGUCAAUGUUGGUUGUGUAACAGUGACGACCACAGUGACUGCUUUGGUAACAAUGUGGACACAUCAGCACUCCUUCAAACUCAUCCAACUUGGACAAGAUAUUGUGACAAUGGAUGCGCAAAAGAAAAGUUGACAGACAAUAGCGUGGUUGCCAGAGGUUGCUUUGAUGGACGCCUCGAGAAAUCCCUAUGCAAUACAUCUGAAGGUUAUUGCGCUAUCGACACCAACCCAAUGCGUCUAUACUGCAUUUACUGCUGCGACGGCAACAAGUGCAACGGUGCAGGUUCUCUCACGAUGAGUAUGGCUGCGGCUAUGGCUACGAUCCUGGCUGCGUUUGUUCUCAAGGCUUAGACUCUGACUACGGCUGCUAAUGGGAGACUUGUGGGACGCUUGGUGGCAGCAGACUUACCAGGUAAAGGCAAUAGGUCUCGGGAAUGAGCCCCUGCUCAGAACUACGUAAACAAUGGCAAUUGACCUGGUAAGUCUGCUGCCACCUAGCGUUCCAAAGUCUCCCAUUGCUACGGAUCUCCAAUAAUGAGGUAGCUAUAGCAGUCUCAGCAGAGUUGUUUACAUAAAGAAAGAAAAAAGGUUAUCCAUGCAUUUUACGUACUAUUCAAAUUGACACUGACUAACCCUCUGAGCAGCCCCGGAAACAUAUCAUAUUGGAUGGUCACUGGGCGCGAUCGAAAGGCAGAUUGCAUUAUGAGUAAAUAAUAACUGUCUUCGUUGGACAAAGUCCUAAUUAUUGUCGUUGGGAGACCGAGGUGACAGCAGACUCACCAGGUAAAAUUUCCAUAGACUAGCUAUCCCAGAGUGCAUUGUGACCUUAUUCACCAGUUAGCGCUUGUGCAAUGGGUAUUUGCGAAAAAGGUCUAAUAGUGGGGCGGCAUAGCUAACCUAUCGUGCAUUUUGUGAUAAAAGCAUCAAAUUUGGCACAGAUGUAGAGAAUAGUAUUCUGAACAAAACUGGAUAUUGGGCCAUCGCAAAUUCCGUCCCUAGGGGCCGUGGCGGCCAUUUUGAAAAAUGGCCGCCAAAUACUACUGUUUUAUGGGCAUAUUGGCUUAGAAAUCAACACCAGAAUUUACAAAUGUCAUUAAUAGGCACUUAUCAUCUUCUGAAAUGAUUGUGUAAUAAUUUAAGCAAUGUUAAAAGCACAUUAAAGGGGCAUUUUGCAUCUUAAAGGGGCAUUUGGCCACUUUUCACCAAAAAAGACCGCCAAAUACCCGUUUUAGGGGCAUGUUUGCAUACAAAUCAACACCAGCAUUUACUAAUGUCAUUAAAAGGUACUUAACAUCUUCUGAAAUGAUUGUUUAAUAAUUUAAGCAAUGUUAAAAUCAUAUUAAAGGGGUAUGUUGCAUCUUAAAGGGGGUAUUUAGCAACUUGUCAUCAAAUUCUUCCAUUUUGCAAUCAUCUUUUUCACAUAAUAAAAACACAGCAAAAUAAAAAACUCAGCAAAAAGCUCUGGAAUGAUAAACCUAUCCUUUUUACCCAAUUAAAUUAAAAAUUGCAAAAAUUGUUAAAUAUUAACACCCCUUUAACUCAUAAGUUAUGUUAAGAUCAGUAGAAUAAUAUUAUGAUUGUUUCUCAAGAACCUAAAAAAUGGUUCACUAGUCAUUAUCAACUAAAAAUGUCGAUGUCGGGAUUGCUGUACUAUUAUUCGGCCACCGGGGAUCACAACCAUGAUGGAAAUAUUGAAGCUACGAUCUCCCAUUGUGGUCAGUUCAAAUCAACUUGUCACAAGGCCCCUUCACAUUCCCCACACACGUCUGUGCAUUCAAAUGCAGAUAUGAUGCAUGUGCACUUUUCUCCACACAUUCUUGUGUUGCAGUACAUCUUACGAGUUCAUAGCAGGCUUGGGAGGCAUCUGGUAGUGUUUUCCAAUACGGUUCAAACAGACCAUCAUCUGUCUCGGUCCAGCCCCAUCUGGUGAAAGGAAGUGCUGGAUUGAGAAGCAUGAGACAGGAAUCUAAAGAGCUCUGUCUUGAUGCUGUCUACACGAAGACGUUCUUGCAAAUUCUUGGUAUGGCAGUUUCUGCAACUGCACGUCUGCGUAUGCCCUUCUCACGCUUUGCUCUAGCUGUACCUAUCAGGAAAUUGUCUAUAUACGCGAAACCAGAUCGACACGUGACGCUUUAUGAAACUGUGAGGUAAAUGUUUGUAAUGAAGUAAUUGUUUGUAUAUUUCUCAAAGUCCUUUCUGCAGCAGGCCUUAUCAUCAGUAUGAUAACUGAUCCAUCAAGAACUAUGCUGCUAGUCAUAGGAGCCUCAGAGUGUUCCUCACUAAAUUGUUCCAAGCACACAAGAAGAUCACUUUUGGUACAUAGAUACAGGUUUCUGCCACCAUAGAGUGCUGGGGAAAUGCUUGGUUCUCGUGUCAACAAAAUUCUUCCAGGUUUCCGUAUCUAUUCUGACAGUCAAUAUAGAGCAACUGAGCGAGAAGAGUGCCAGGUCAGAUUUAAGUGAAGUUAUCUGCUGCUUUCCGCUCAUGGUGGUUGGUUUAGUAAAGCGUUUAAACAGCUUCAGCUUACUGGAUGGAUCACAUCGUUGAAGGUUUGACCUUUCCAUAAGACAUUCUCUGAUGAAACCUUUGAACUGUUCUUAACCAUUUUCUUAGCAUGUUGCACACUCUGAACAUGGUCUGCAAUCUCUUACUAGGUCAGUGCUCCAUUCUCGAGGCAAAGCCGAUAUCACAGAGACAGGUGUGGAUGGCACACGAUGCCAAGAGAAGGGAGUUUGCAGCGGAUCUACAGAGUGGUGAGGAUAUAAUGCACUUCUUUAAGAUUGCCAAGCAGAUGGCAAGGAGCGGCAGGAUGUGACUGGUGCGAACGGUGUCAAUAAUGACGAUUGUAGCAUGGUGACGGAUAGUGACCUUCACUAUCCGUCACCAGCAGGUGUUGAGAAAAUACACGGAGCGGUUGCUUUAUGUGGAGAAUGAGUGAGACAGGGAGGUGGAAAGUGGAGUGUGGAGGGUCCUUUUUGCCUCCUCUGAAGCUCACCAAAUCUGGGAAGGCCGCUGGUCUAUCCGGAGUGUCAUGGUUAAUGAGAAGUUGAAGGCCUCUACAGGUGUCAGCUUACAGUGGUUGACGGCAUUUUGGCAGAAUUACACAUUCCCGCAUGCAGCACAACAUCUUGGUUCCCCUGUUUAUAGUGAGGGUGACCCUUUGGAGUGUGGCUCUUUCAGAACAAUCAAGAUCCUGGAUCAGGCGAUGAAUGUGUGGGAGAGAGUACUUGAGGUAUGGCUGAAGAAGCAGGUGGAGAUUGAUGAGAUGCAGUUUGGCUUUAUGCCGGGAGAGGAACUACUGAUGCCAUUGUCAUUGCCAUGCAGGAACAAUUUCUGGCCAGGAAUAAGACGCUAUACCUCAGAUUUGUUUAUCUUGAGAAGGCUUUUGACUGGAUACCAAGGAAGCGGGUUGGUAAGGAGUGGCUGACAAGAGCUGUGAUGAUGUUUUGCUUUGGUGCUAGUACGGUGGCGAGGACAGGCACAGGGGAUAGUAGGAGUUUUAAGGUGAAGGUUGUUGUAUAUCAGGGCUCGGUACUGAGCCCCCUGGUGCUUGCUACUGUUUAGAUGUGGUGUCACAAAGACGUGAGGCAAGUUGCCUGGGACAUGACAGACGACCUGGUUCUUAUAGCAGAGACAAGAGAGCAGUUACAGGCAAAGAUGGCAACAUGGAGAGAUUUUCUGGGUCUGAAGAUCAGUGCUGGGAAGACCAAGGUGAGGGUUAGUCAAGUCAGGGAUGGGUCAAUGACAAGCUCUGGUGUAUGGCCUUGUGGUGUGUGUGGGAAGGGUGGCGUGAUGGUAGUCUUCAUGCUGCCAGCGUCACGUUCUCCUGUAAGAGAUGUCGGGGUGAUAGUUCACAGCGUGAGGAAGAGAGAAGCGGGUCCAGAGGUCUGUGGCGACAUGUAUGAGCUAACUGGGUGACAUGCU